AUGCCCAAGUUCCCCUCCCUAAAGAUGUCCGAGCGGACCUUCGACCGGCGAGUGCUGCCAAUCGGCAUCGCGCUGAAGCAGAUGAACUACAUCGAGUACGACCGCCGGCUUGACGAGUACAACCACGCGCCGCACUUUGCCGACCGCGUCACCUCCAUCGUGGACACGAUGCCGGUCAAGGUCCCCGCGCCGACGUCGUACCGCUUGCGCAAGCUGCUUUGGAACCCCAAAUGCGCCCCGCUCUCGCCGGCUCCUCUCGAUGGUUGCUGUGUGCUCAAGAUCCAGGUCGGCAUCACCCUCAAGGGCGAGAUUGUCCUCUGGACAGGACCGCACCUCGGCGUCACCGCGGACAAGCACCCGCUCGAGGACUGGGAGCUGUGGCUCGCCGACCUCGCCUACAUCGGCUGCCGCGGAAUCAUGACCAAGUUCAAGGGCAAGGACCUGACCGAGGAGCAGCAGAUCUUCAGCAACAUCCACGAGCACAUCCGCAACCGCGUCGAGAAUGUGCCGCACGCCAUGUUCCGGCCGGGCGCGUACCGCCGCGCGCUCAAGCACCUCACGGCGAUGCUGCACGUCGUUGGCCACACGACCGCCCUCCAGCUCAACCGCCGGCAGCGCUUUGAGACCUUCGGCCCACCAGGCAUGGACGAAAAUCUGGUCGCCCUCCUCCACCGCUUGCGGCUGUCGCACCUCGAGCCCGCUUUCGCUGCGGAGGAGCUGAGUCUUCCGCUCCUCCGCAGCAUGGGCCAUCAGGCGCUGCGCUCAAAUCUGCUCGAGGUGGAAGGCGUGUCUGCGUCGGACGCGCCUCGCCUCGCCGAGGCAAUCCACGCCGCUGACGUGUCACCGCCAAAGACCGAGCCGCAGGCGGCUCGCCAGCCAGCAAAGCGACCCGGCGGGACGCUGCGCAUCAAAUGGCAGGGGCGAGAGCUGAGCUUUGCGUUCGGCGAGGCGUCCACAGUCGACGAUCUCCGGUCGUGGCUCGCGGAGAGAACGGGCGUGGCAGCGGAGCAGCAGAAGCUGGCCGGCCUCGCCUCGCAGCGGCGGCAGCCCUCGGGCGGGGACCUUCUCACAGGGCUCAACGUCGGGCACCGGCCGCUGCUCCUCCUCGGCACGCCGUCGGCCGAGCUGCGAAAGGCGGAGGCCGAGCUCGAGGAGGGCCGCCGUGCCGCCGCCAAGAUUCGGAGCGAUCUCACCGAGCCCUCCCGCCGGCGGCGCAGCCCGCAGAGGACGAGGGUGCGGCGAGCGGCCGACCCUCGUGCCAUCGCGGCGGACCGGGGCGGCGGCAUCUACCUCGACCCCGCCGUCUGGGCGCCGGAGGUCGGCGAGGACUCUCGCGGACCAGCCUUCUCCGGCACGGCCCAGGAGCGGUACGUCAGCAACCCACGCACCGGCCGUCUCGAGCCGCUCACCCUCGGCAACGCGCUCGUCGGCACCAGCGACUCCGUGGCGGCGGGCGAGCGCGUGCAGCAGCCGCUGCGGCCGGAGCACGCGCCUCCGAACGUCGACCUGAUGGGCGUCGUGCGCGGCGCGUGCACGCGCUGCACGAGCUGCACCGGCUUCGAGCGGCUGCAGCGGCACGCAGAGAAUGAAAACGACGUGGACGUCCUGCGCUGCGCCCGAUGCGGCUGUCAAAGCAUGCACCACCAGGCGCUUUGA